AUGGAAAAACAAGCCAGCGACUUACAUAGGAUUGUACAAAAAUCUGACGAGUCUCUUAAAGAAUUUGUGAACAGGUUUAACAGGGAAAAGGUGUCCAUCCCGAAUUGCGAUGCUAGGACGGCCAUCGAGGCAUUCAGACGUGGUCUGGACGAGGAAUCAGACCUCUAUAAGGAGCUGACCAAAUAUCCAUGUCCGACGUUCGAAGAUGCUCAAGCCAAAGCGUUAGCCCAAAUUAGGCUGGAGGAAGACAUGCAGUCCAGAAAGGCUUAUGCCCAUGCUGACAGCCGGAAGGCAACGUCCAACAAGCAAGCAUCUUGGCGUCAAAAGCCUUAUGAGCGCCCGCAGCAGGUCCAUAGCGUCCGUCAUGAUGGGCCAGUCAAUGACUGGAAAAAUGAUCCCGGUCUUCCCCCCAAGCUAAGCGAAUAUGGUUUCAACGUCACUAUGGGAGGUAUUAUUAAUACUUUACAUUCUUUAGGUUCUGCUGUUAAAUGGCCUUUCAGGAAUGAAAAAUCGACGGCCCAUCGCGACAAAUCCAAAUGGUGCGAAUUCCAUGGAGACCAUGGGCAUCACACUGACGAAUGUGUCGCUCUAAGGCGAGAAGUAUCCCACCUGCUGAAGCAAGGAUACCUAAAAGACUUGCUGACGGAGAAAGGUAAGCAGACGGUGUCGAAAAAUGACGACCGACGUCAACCGCCGUCGUCCCCACCGCACGUCAAGGUAAUUAAUGUCAUUAGUGGUGGUUCAGAUAUCUGUGGACUAACAUAUUCUGCAGCUAAGCGGCAUGCACGAGACGGUCUGAAUCAAGACGCCGUCCCUAAGGAACUCCGUCACCCCCGUGACGUCGAGCUGGAGGCCAUGCCAAUCACCUUCGAUGACGCCGAUCUCGGUGACGACAGGGACAUACACCAUGACGGUCUGGUAAUAUCUCUAACUGUCAGUAAUUGCUUGCUAAAACGUGUGUUAGUGGACAAUGGCAGUUCAGCAAACAUCCUGAUGAGAGGCGCUUUAGAGGACAUGGGGAUCGAUGAACGUGACGUCAUCCGCAAAUCUACCGUCCUUGUCGGAUUCAGCGGAGAAUCCAAGCACACCAUGGGAGAAGUGACCCUGCCCACCUUCGCCAAGGGAGUUAACAUGCCAACUAAAUUUUAUGUCAUUGACUGCCCUUCUUCUUAUAAUGUGAUUUUAGGCAGGCCAUGGAUCCAUAGCAUGAAGGCUGUCCCCUCGUCAUUCCAUCAAUCUCUAAAUUCCCUACCAAGUGGGGAGUGCAGGAAAUCAAAGGGGACAGACGGAUCGCGAAGGAAUGCUACAAGACGUCCUUGA